UUUUCCAAUAAAUGAACCUCUCAUCUUCCUCCCUUCUCACCCAUCACACAGAUCUAGAAACCAAAAAGUUCAAUAAGAAAAUACUCAAAGAGGGAAUGGGAACGAUGGCUGAGACGCAGAUAACUCCGGUGCAAGUUACCGAUGACGACGAAACUGCCCUCUUCGCCAUGCAGCUAGCCCAUGCCCCUGUUAUUCCGAUGGCUUUAAAACCGGUUAUAGAGCUCGGAAUUCUCGAGAUCAUGGCCAAGAACUCUUCUCCCAUGUCUCCCUCUGAGGUCGCUUCCCAUCUCCCGACCAAAAACCCUGAAGCUCCGGUCAUGCUCGACCGUAUCCUCCGGCUUCUUGCGGCUUACUCCAUCCUCACCUGCUCCCUCCGUACACUCCCUGACGGCGACGGCGUUGAACGGCUUUACGGGCUCGGUCCCGUUUGCAAGUAUUUGACCAAGAACGAAGACGGCGUCUCCAUCGCUGCUCUUUGUCUUGUGAACCAAGACAAGGUCGGCAUGGAAAGCUGGUACUAUAUGACAGAUGCAAUUCUUGAAGGUGGGAUCCCAUUCAACAAGGCUUAUGGAAUGGGCUGUUUCGAGUACCAAGAGACUGAUACUAGAUUCAACAAGAUCUUCAACAACGGAAUGGCUAACCUAACAACCAUCACAAUGAAGAAGAUUCUUGAGACCUAUAAGGGUUUCGAGGGCUUGACUUCUUUGGUUGAUGUUGGUGGUGGAUUUGGUGCCACUCUCAAAAUGAUUGUGUCUAAGUACCCAAACAUUAAAGGCAUCAACUUUGAUCAGCCACAUGUUAUCGAAGAUGCUCCUCCUUAUCCCGGUAUUGAGCAUGUUGGUGGAGAUAUGUUUGUAAAUGUCCCCAAGGGAGAUGCCAUUUUCAUGAAGGGGGUAUGCCAUAAUUGGAGCGAUGAACACUGCGUGAAAUUGUUGAAGAACUGCCACAAGGCGCUUCCAGAUAAGGGAAAAGUGAUAUUAGCAGAAUGUAUAGCUCCAGAUAUCCCAGACUCAAGUCUCCUGACUAAACAUGUCGUCCAUAUAGACUGUAUUAUGAUGGCUCACAACCUCGGAGGCAAAGAACGGACCAAGAAAGAGUUAGAGGCACUAGCGAGAGAGUCUGGCUUCCAAGAGAUCCAAGUUUUCUGCAAAGCCUUUGGUGUUUACAUCGUGGAGUUUCUCAAGUAGAUCUGAAGUUAAAUUCCCUCUUAUUCUCUUAAUGCUAAAUAAGUAUGCUCUUGUCUACUUCUACUUCGUCACCUUUGUCGUACUCGUUGCUUGGUCCAGUCCAGUGUUGACUAUGAUAUGUUUGUUGCUUAUUAAGAAUUUAAUAAAACCAAGAGAACAAAAAAAACUCAUUUCUCUGUUUA